GUUGACAAUGCGUUCGACAGAGGUGACAGCUCUCUGAAAGAUUCCUACAAACUGUGUACUCUCACUGAUCUCAGGAAUGGCAGCAUUGUCGUACAGAUAGGAAUCCUUGUCUCCGGGACGUUCACUGUACCUGCCAACUCUGAAUUUACUACGAUAAUCACGAGCUACAUAGGGAUAACAGGGAUGUUUGGCCAAUAUCGGGUGAUGAUCAAUACCGUAGUGAUGAUAAGCGCUGUAUUUGAAACUGCCGGAGAUAUAACAUCCCAAAAUAAUGAGAGUCCUAAUGCAACUACAACCGAACCAACAACGACCUCUACAGAAACAGUAACAACUACAACCAAACCAGCAACGACCUCUACAGAAACAGAUACAACUACAACCAAACCAACAACGACCUCUACAGAAACAGAUACAACUACAACCAAACCGACAACGACCUCUACAGAAACAGCUACAACUACAACCAAACCGACAACGACCUCUACAGAAACAGUAACAACUACAACCAAACCGACAACGACCUCUACAGAAACAGCUACAACUACAGCCAAACCGACAACGACCUCUACAGAAACAACUACAACCAAACCAACAACGACCUCUACAGAAACAGUAACAACUCCAACAAAACCAACAACGACCUCUACAGAAACAGAUACAACUAAAACCAAACCAACCACGACCUCUACAGAAACAACUACAACCAAACCAACAAUGACCUCUACAGAAACAGCUACAACUACAACAAAACCAACAACGACCUCUACAGAAACAGAUACAACUAAAACCAAACCAACCACGACCUCUACAGAAACAGAUACAACUUCAACCAAACCAACCACGACCUCUACAGAAACAGUUACAACUACAACCGAACCGGCCACGACCUCUACAGAAACAGAUACAACUACAACCAAACCAACAACGACCUCUACAGAAACAGUUACAACUACAGCAAAACCAACCAUGACCUCUACAGAAACAGCAACAACAACUACCGAACCAACAACGACCUCUACAGAAACAGUAACAACUACAACCAAACCAAUCGUGACCUCUACAGAAACAGUUACAACUACAACCGAACCGACCACGACCUCUACAGAAACAGCUACAACUACAACCAAACCAACAACGACCUCUACAGAAACAGUUACAACUACAACCGAACCAACCACGACCUCUACAGAAACAGUAACAACUACAACCAAACCAACAACGACCUCUACAGAAACAGCAACAACUACAACAAAACCAACAACGACCUCUACAGAAACAGAUACAACUACAGCAAAACCAACCAUGACCUCUACAGAAACAGCAACAACAACUACCGAACCAACCACGACCUCUACAGAAACAGAUACAACUACAACCGAACCAACAACGCCCUCUACAGAAACAGAUACACCUACAACCAAACUGACCACGGCCUCUACAGAAACAGUAACAACUACAACCAGACCAACAACGACCUCUAUAGAAACAGAUACAACUACAACCGAACCAACCCCGACCUCUACAGAAACAGUUACAACUACAACCAGACCAGCAACGACCUCUAGAGAAACAGUUACGACUACAACCAAACUGACCACGGCCUCUACAGAAACAGUAACAACUACAACCAAACCAACAACGACCUCUACAGAAACAGUUACAACUACAUCCAAACCAACCACGACCUCUAUAGAAACAGAUACAACUACAACCGAACCAACAACGACCUCUACAGAAACAGAUACAACUACAACAAAACCAACAACGCCCUCUACAGAAACAGAUACAACUACAACCAAACCAACCACGACCUCUACAGAAACAGCUAAAACUACAACCAAACCAACAACGACCUCUACAGAAACAGAUACAACUACAACAAAACCAACAACGACCUCUACAGAAACAGUUACAACUACAGCAAAACCAACCAUGACCUCUACAGAAACAGAUACAACUACAACCGAACCAACCACGACCUCUACAGAAACAGUUACAACUACAACCAAACCGACAACGCCCUCUACAGAAACAGUUACAACUACAACCAAACCGACAACGACCUCUACAGAAACAGAUACAACUACAACCAAACCGACCACGACCUCUACAGAAACAGUUACAACUACAACCAAACCGACAACGACCUCUACAGAAACAGUUACAACUACAACCAAACCAACCACGAUCUCUACAGAAACAGAUACAACUACAACCGAACCGACCACGACCUCUACAGAAACAGAUACAAUUACAACCAAACCAACAACGACCUCUAUAGAAACAGUUACAACUACAAGCAAACCAACCACGACCUCUACAGAAACAGAUACAACUACAACCGAAUCAACCACGAUCCCCACAGAAACAGAUACAUCUACAACCAAAUCAACCACGAUCCCCACAGAAUCAGAUACAUCUACAACCGAAUCAACCACGAGCCCCACAGAAACAAAUACAUCUACAAGCGAAUCACCCACGAUCCCCACAGAAACAGAUACAUCUGCAACCGAAUCAACCACGAUCCCCACAGAAACAGAUACACCUACAACCGAAUCAACCACGAUCACCACAGAAACAAAUACAUCUACAAGCGAAUCAACCACGACCCCCACAGAAACAAAUACAUCUACAAGCGAAUCAACCACGACCCCCACAGAAACAGAUACAUCUACAACCGAAUCAACCACGAUCCCCACAGAAACAAAUACAUCUACAAGCGAAUCAACCACGAUCCCCACAGAAACAGAUACAUCUACAACCGAAUCAACCACGAUCCCCACAGAAACAAAUACAUCUACAAGCGAAUCAACCACGAUCCCCACAGAAACGGAUACAACUACAACCAAACCACCCACGACCUCUACAGAAACAGAUACAACUACAACCAAACCAACCACGACAUCCACAGAAACAGAUACAACUACAGCCGAACCAACCACGACCUCCACAGAAACAGAUACAACUACUACUUCCUUUGAAACAGCUACCACCUCUGCCAAACCAACUACGACUUCAACAGAAACAGUAUCAUCAUCAGCCAAUACUGCUAAGCCAACAGAUACAACUACGACCGAUCCCACCACUACGUCAACAGAAUCAGUAACCACAACUGACACCAUAACGACUACCAUGCAAACGACAACAACAACAACAUGUAUGUCCAAUACUAUCAAAAUAUCAGGGAACAGUGCAUUAAAUGAAGGAGACAGGUACGCUAUUACGUGUACAGGGAAUUUAUCCACCAGUGCGGCAUUACACUUAUACAGAAUAAAGACGGAUACCGUAGAAAAGGUUAAAGGCGUCCCUGUUGAAGGCAAUGGUACCUCGAACGAUUCUUGUUACUAUACAACAACAAAAACCUAUAGCAUCCUUGCUGACAGAAGUCAAAAUGGAACCAGAUUGAAGUGCAUGGCGAUAGACGAGAUCAUACUUUCUAACGCCAGUAGCGGCGUGCUCACUCUCAGAGUAGUGGCGGGAGAAAUACAACUCGACAGCUCGCUCACAUCUUCUCAUGGUGAUCUACUCAUUGCUUGCAACGUUCAAUAUGCACCAAAUACCUGGAAUGAGAUUAAACUAAUGUCUUCUGACAUCAGUACUGGUAUUGUCGCUGUUGGUUAUGUCAACGGAACAACACAAAAGGACAACAACUCGUACCAACUGACCUUUCAACCUUCAAGUAGUAACGUAGCAAUAAGUCUUCAAUUUCCAAACACAACGAAACAUUGUUUUGGGUGGAGGAACUACACGUGUUCACUCUAUGACAACGGCAACAUCAUUGUGGAUGCAGCGAAAUAUGUCUCCAUUCCAG